CCAGUAAAUCACUAGUGAACCCUGAACUCGGAAUCCAUAUAUUGCAGUUUGUCCUUGAAAUAAUUGAUUUACUUCUAAUCUUGAAUUGUUGGCAAAUUGUUUGCACAGCAAAGGAGGAAAAAAAAGAAGUGCAACUCAAUCAGGAUCCAGGAUAUCUGUCGUACUUAUAUACCGGUCCCCUCUGCUUCUUCCUCCUAGCCCUCACCCGUUAGCCUUUCACCGCCUCGUACUUUUUUACUCGCACUCCACUGAGCUCUCGGGCACCCUCUUGGACUUCUUCGCUUCCCCUUGUCCCGUCAACUCGCGCACGGCCUGCUUACACACACAACCAGCCUUCCUCCGCCUGUAUAUCACCAACUUACCUCAACGUGUCCCCACUACCCAUUCUGACUCGCUUCCAGUGCCUCCGAACUCGGUGGCAAAAGCUUAACGACAACCAAAUGGCCAAAGAAGACACCCCGUUUUUAUUCCGAUGGUUUUUCCCUAAUGGUGGCGAUAGGCGAAAUGCUCAAGUCAUCCUCAUGAACGCAGAAGGCGAACCUUACACCGCAUACAAGUUUGAAACAAAAUUCGAUCCUAAUGUCCCCAUCGAGGCUCAAACGCCGCGGACGCAUAUCUACGCCCUGUCACCCCCACGAGCAUCCUACAGCCCAACCAACUCCCACAGCACCCUCGUCCCUCCCCCAAACGAUUAUCUCUCCUCUGAUUCAUCACCAACGCAGAAACCCUCUAAAUUGACGUUCACUCAAUCUAAGAAAGAAAUCGCAACAGUGAAAUGGGAGAAGGAUUUUUAUGCUACCUUCGUUAAGUUUAAUCAUUGGCCCGGGGAGGAUAUCGUUGCGUACGUUCAGCAAGAUGCUAAUGGUGUCGCUGGUGCGAAUGGUACGUUUCUGGUUAAGAGGAUUCAGAAGACUUUCUUAUUGAGGCAUGCUGUUAUGAAGGAGGAGAGUGCGCUUGUGAAGGCCGCCAGUGCAGAUAAAUGCUUGCGAUUCUUGGUGGACGGUUGGAGAGAAUGUAAAUGGAAAUUUUCCAAGUCAACAGGAGACCUUGUCGCAAUCAAACCCUUUGAAAUGCUGGCGUCAACAGCUGAAAUGUGUCGUUACUCACCCCUGACUCAGGUGCUUUCGUUCUCACCAAAGUAUAUGGGAUUGUCGACACACGAUUGUAUGAUCACGUUAUGGUUGCACUUGGUUAGGCUCGAGAAGGGAUAUGAGUGGUAGAGGAGGUGUUGUGCUGCGGAAUUCAAAAUGCUCUCGUUGUCACUUGCUUGCUUUCGUCCGUGAUUUUCUUGCCUUGUUCACCAUCACACUCUCUCUUGUUCUUCACAU